AUGGCUAGCCAGUCUGGGAGUAAAUCUAUCCACGAUUUCACUGUCAAGGAUGCCAAGGGUAAAGAUGUUGAUCUUAGCAUCUACAAAGGGAAGGUUCUGUUGAUUGUCAACGUUGCAUCACAAUGUGGCUUGACUAAUUCGAACUACACAGAGCUGAGUCAGUUGUACGAGAAAUACAAAAAUCAAGGUUUGGAAAUCUUGGCAUUCCCAUGCAACCAGUUUGGAGCUCAGGAGCCAGGAUCAAAUGAUGAGAUUGUAGAGUUUGCUUGCACUCGCUUUAAGGCUGAGUAUCCCAUCUUUGAUAAGGUGGAUGUGAAUGGUGACACUGCUGCUCCCAUUUACAAGUUCUUGAAGUCGAGCAAGGGUGGGCUCUUUGGUGACGGCAUUAAGUGGAACUUCUCCAAAUUCCUUGUUGACAAAGAAGGGAAUGUUGUUGACCGUUAUGCCCCUACAACUUCUCCUCUUAGCAUUGAGAAGGAUGUAAAGAAACUGUUGGGGGUUGCAUGA